GCAAAAUGGCGGCGAAUGCAAGCACAGACACAGCUGUCUUCGACUGCCCGUCAUGGGCAGGAAAACCUCCACCUGGACUCCAUCUGGACGUGGUUAAAGGAGACAAAUUAAUAGAGAAGCUGAUCAUCGAUGAGAAGAAGUUCUAUCUGUUUGGGAGGAACCCUGAGCACUGUGACUUCACGAUAGACCACCAGUCGUGCUCGCGUGUGCAUGCGGCGCUGCUCUACCACAGACACCUCAAGAGAGUGUUCCUCAUCGACCUCAACAGCACCCAUGGCACAUUUCUGGGCAGAAUCCACCUCGAGCCCCGCAAACCUCAGCAGGUGCCGAUCGACUCCACCAUGUCGUUCGGAGCGUCCACACGCGUCUACACGCUGAGAGAGAAACCGCAGACGCAGAGCAGCUCCAGCACAGGAGACAGCAAAGGAGUGGAGGACGAGGAACUGAAGGGGCUGCUGGGACUGCCGGAGGAAGAGACCGAGCUCGAGAACCUGACAGAGUUCAACACGGCUCAUAACAAACGCAUUUCUACACUCACCAUCGAGGAGGGAAACCUGGAAAUCCAGAGACCCAAGAGGAAGAGGAGGAGCUCGCGCGUUUCCUUCAGUGAAGAAGAGGAGAUCAUAAAUCCAGAGGACGUGGACCCGUCUGUAGGACGCUUCAGAAACAUGGUGCAGACGGCUGUGGUUCCUAUCAAGGUGCGAUCAUUGGCCUGCUCUUGUCUGCUUGUCUUGCCAUAUGGUGACCUGCCUCCCGCCAGCCACGAGACCACAGGACAGGGCGGCUCGUCUGCCAUCACGGGCGGGAUGCCCCUGCCCUUCCCCAACCCCGCCCCGGAGGUGGACCUCUCGCCCACGACGGUGCAGCCGCCCGCUGUGCUGAACCCCACUCCUGCUCCCGGACCCUACUCGGCCGAGCCGCUCAACGAGCCGCGCAAGAAGAAGUACGCCAAGGAGGCGUGGCCUGGCAAAAAGCCCACCCCCUCCCUGCUGAUUUAACACGGGACAGACAAACUGUGACAGAUCUCAAGAUUACAU